AAAAAAAUGAGUAUCGAUCUCCUUCAUCUUCAAGAACAAGUUUUUAAAGAUCCAAAGGCUUAUAAAGAUGAUUUCCUCCUUCAAUUGAAACACUUGGAAAAUCAAACCGAAGUUGCAAAAUUGAGACCAGCCGAUGAUGCUAAAUAUUUUGUCAAAUUGUUGCAAUUUUUGAGUGUUGCUUGCAAAGUUUAUAAAGCAGAAACCAAAACUGCAGCACCAAUGAUUUUGGAUUUGUUGGAAACAAAACAAUUAGAAUUAGAACCAAAAUUGAGAAGACAACUUGCUAUCACACUCAUUGCUUUCCGUAAUAACGACAUUCUUGACUCUAAAACUUUAAUACCAGUAUUAUUUAAACUUUUCCGAGUACAUGAUAAGACUCUUAGAAGUAUGGUUUAUAAACACAUUCUCUCCGAUAUUACUAAAAUCAAUAUGAAGAAGAAGAAUCCUAAUGUAAAUAGAUCAUUGCAAAACUUUGUCUUUUCCAUGUUGAAAGAUUCAUUCCGUAUUGCUGCAAAGAAGAGUUUGCAACUUUUAAUUACACUUUAUAGAAGAGGUAUUUGGAAUGAUGAUAGAUGUGUCAAUGUUAUUUCCCAAUCAUGUUUUGCUGAAGAUACUGCUCUUGUUGUUAUUGCACUUAAAUUCUUCUUGGGUGAAUUAGUUGAUGAAGCUGAAGAAGAUGAAGACGGAACAAAACAAAAAUCAGAUGAUAGAGAUCUUGGUCACUUGAUUAGAGAUUUAAAGUUUAAAGUUAACAAUAUUCACUCUAAAAAGACAAAGAAAAAGGAAAACAAAUUUAAGAAAGCUCUCAAACAACUUAAAAAGAAGGAUAAACAUAAGGAAAAGGGUAUGGAAAUUGAAUCAUUGAACGUUCUCAACAUGUUGAAUGAUCCACAAGGUUUCUCUGAAAAACUCUUUGCUAAAUUGAAGAGUUCAAAUGACAAAUUUGAAGUAAGAAUUUUAAUGUUGGACGUUAUUUCAAGAUGUGUUUCCUCAAAUCAAUUAGUUCUUCUCAAUUUUUAUCCUUUCAUUCAAAAAUAUUUACUCCCUGCCCAAGCCAAUGUUACCAAGAUUCUUGCCAUUACUGCCCAAUCAGUUCACGAUUUUGUUCCUCCUGAUGUUAUUCAUCCAGUCGUCAUGACUAUUGCUAACAAUUUUGCUAAUGACCAUUCCAAACCAGAAGUUAUUGCAGCUGGUUUGAAUACAAUUAGAGUUAUUUGUUCAAGACAACCAAGAGUUAUGACCAAGACCCUCUUGAGAGAUUUAUCUCAAUAUUCUAAACAUAAGGAUAAACAAGUUUUCCAUGCUGCUAGAGGUAUUAUAACACUCUUCAGAGAACUUUCUCCAAAGAUGUUGAACAAGAAAGACAGAGGUAAAGAUCACGAUCCUGAAGCAGUCAUUCCAGAAUUUGGUACUCAAAGAGUUGCUGAAGGUGUUGAUGGCAUUGAAUUAUUGGAAGAAUACAAUAAGAGAAAGGAAUCUGAAAAGGAUCUCAUGGCUGUUGAUGGUGAAGAUUCUGAUGAAGAAGGUGAAUGGAUUGAUGUUCCAAGCGACGGUGAAGAUGAUGUCAAUAUUGCUAUGGAUGACUCUGAUGAUUCUGAGGGAUCUGAUAACGAGGAAGGUGGUGAAUUGUUGAACUUGGAAGAUGUUUUCGAAUUGGACAGUGAAGAAGAAGAAGUCAUUGAAGAUGGUGAACAAGCUUCAGAGGAACCAAAGGGCCCAAGAAUUGAUCAAACCAGAAUUCUUACACAAGAAGACUUUGAGUUGAUUAAGAAACUCAAAAAGAGCAAGGAAAUGGAAAAGCUUAUGGGUAAGAAGAGAAAGAGAGAAACCCCAAUCUUUAGCAAUGAAAAUGUUGACGAAGAUGAUAUUGGUGACAUUUCUAAGGGUGACGAUUCAGACAAUGAAUUUGAACCAGAAAAGAAGAAAUUCAACAGAAGAAAGUGGGAACAACCUGGAGAAACUCAAAAGCAAAAGAAGAAGAACAAGCCAUACAUGAUGUUGAAGAUGUCCAGAAACGUCAGACACAAGAAUACCAUGGGUCAAAACGAAAAGAAGUGGAAGAAGGCACUCUCAGACAAGAGACAAUUGAAACACAAACUCAAACAUCGAUAAAUUAUUAUACUUUCUGUAAA